AUGUUAAAUAUGGAAAGUGCGAGUGCCGGCGCCUCGAUUGCGGCCUUAAGCAAAAGCCUGACCACGCCCUUCUCCAUCAAUGACAUACUGACGCGCAAUAAGCCGCCCGCCGCGGCCGCCGCCCGCGCGGAUACGGACGCGGAAACGGAGCACGGCGGCGAUGUGGAGCCGUGCUGUCGCGAUCUCAGUGUCUACAAGCUGGAGCAGACGGGCCAGCAGGCGAGCUAUUUGCGUUAUUAUGCCGCCGCCGCGGCGCUGGAUAACAACAAUCAGCAAAUGGCCAAUUCCGGCUCCAACUCCAACUGUGCCGCCUCUUCCGGCGCGCCCGUCGAUUACGUGCAGCGCAAAUUGGGCUACUUUGGCGCCGCGUUGUCCGCCGCAGCCGUUCCGCUAGACAUGCGACGCUGCACCAGCAACGACUCCGACUGCGAUUCGCCGCCGCCUUUGAGCAGCUCGCCCGCCUCCUGCCAUGCGGGCGGCUAUGGGCGUGGUGGUGGCUCGCCGCUUUGCCACGAGGAUGGCCUCAAUGGGGGCCCGCUCAGCCGCAAGAAGCGUUCGCGUGCCGCCUUCAGCCACGCUCAGGUUUUUGAGUUGGAGCGACGCUUUGCCCAGCAGCGUUAUCUGUCCGGCCCGGAGCGCAGCGAGAUGGCCAAAACGCUGCGUCUGACGGAGACGCAGGUGAAGAUCUGGUUCCAGAAUCGGCGCUAUAAGACCAAGCGCAAGCAAAUCCAGCAGCACGAGGCGGCGCUGCUCAGCGCCACGAAACGUGUGCCCGUCCAGGUGCUCGUCCGUGAGGAUGGCAGCACCGCCUACGCUCAUAUGACGCCCGGCGGAGCAGCCGCCGUCGCCGGUGCUUAUCCGCACGGCCUGGAUCCGGCGCUGCUCAACAUCUACAGGCAUCAGCUGCAGCUGGCCUACGGCGGUUUACCGCUGCCGCAGGUCCAUUUCCCGUACUUCUAUCCGCAUCCAAAGGUGCCGCAGCCCAUACCGCCGCCCAGCCAACAGAGCGCGCUCUCCGCCAGCUUUGUGACCGGCUCCUCGGCCUCCUCGUCGCCGGCGCGCAAUCAACGCAGUCCCUGCCCCAGUCCCAGUCAGGCUCAGGUCAUGUGCCUGGAGAGCGGCGCGGAGAGCAAUCAUUCCGCGGCGGAGGAUUGCGAGGAGAAUGUGGAAAUCGAUUAGAUGCCGAACAUAUUCUGGGGGCCACACUUUGGCCUUUGUGAUAGCCAUCGAUCCU